AUGAGUGCGAAAUCUCCUAAAAGGCCGCGUCAGGCCCUGAACAAACAGGCGGAACUGUCGAUCCCACUCCAACUACCAAUGGAAGAUUGCCAAGAUAUGCAGCAAUGCAUCGUCGCACUCUAUGGUCCUGGUGGUAUUGGAAAGACACAAACUGCGGCAGAAUAUGCCUAUCAUUAUCAGCGGUGUUAUACCUCGGUGUUUUGGAUUGAUGGGGCUAGUGAACAUACUAUCAGACAAAGCUUCUCUGUUGCUGCCGGACAAAUCUUGAAAAGCUGGCGCAGAUUGAAUCACAAUGAGACAGCCUAUCAGAUAUUCGCCAAAGACUUUGGUGUUGAGGAUUCAAAGACUUCCAGUACCCCAACUGCUGACCAAGCUGUUAAGGGUGUAAUUGACUGGCUUUCUCAACUCGAAAACAAUGAUUGGCUCUUGAUCUUUGACAAUAUAGAUGACCUGGACUCAUUUGAUAUCCGGUCUUAUAUGCCCAGCUCUCUACACGGGAAUAUCCUCAUCACGAGUCGGCGGGCGGACGUCUCUGGUUAUUGGAGGAGUGUAGAAGUGGAGAAAAUGAGUGAUAAAGAAGCUAAAUCCUUAUUGGCAAAAAGCUCUGGAUUCUCCGGGGAUAUGAAUGAAGAGGUCUCCCUAGAGCUGCUUCAGUUACUAGGACAUUUUCCGCUUGCCAUAGAACAGGCCGGCGCCUACAUUUCUGUUCAGCACAAAUUUCUGCCGCAUGAAUCUGGCCUCUACUCUCAGGCGCUCCAGCGUUAUAUUCAUGAAUAUCAUUUGAAUGCAGAGAGGCUUCUGAAGCACAAGCGGCCACAUCUCACUGCGGAGAAUUGA